AUGUUACCGCUCCUUCUCGAAUCAGAGUCGAGCGUCGCGAGCAGUGUCGUCGACGCAGCGUCCAAUCUCGCGUCGUCCAGCUCCACGCCUCCCACCACCGCCGCCGACAGUGACAGCCUGCAUUCCGACGCCUUCAAGCAUGACAUUGCCUUCAUCACUGAGCCUCCAGUUGCUCCCACGCAGCCCGACUCCCAAGUGGCAACCGAGCUUGUCGUGAAACUCGAAACCACGCCUCAGCCCGAAGCUACCGCCAAACCCAUCACCGAGCCAUCUCCCGAGCCGAUCACCGAGCGAGCUUCUGAGCCCGUCGCCGAGCCAGCUUCUGAGCCUGUCGCCGAGCAAGCUCUUGAGCCCGUCGCUGCGGCGGCUGAGCCCUCGCCCAAGCGAGCACGCCGCUCCUGCGCCGCUGCGCCCGUCUACAACCUCUCCAGACUGAGUGGCACCGAUGGCCAUGGAAAGCGCCGCGCCAAUGGCGACGAUGUCGCCGACCGCCGACGUCGCACAUUUUCCGGCGACACGCUUCUCAAUGAUUCCAUGUCAACUCGCAGCUCCAUGUCGACCCGCGCAAAGUCAAAAGCCGCAAUUGACGCGCUCGACCUCGGGGCAUCGGCUGCCCACUCUAACUCGCCACGCGCCACUCGUCGCCUUGCCCAAGAGGCAGCUCGCUCGCGCCGUCUCACCGGUGCCGGCGUUGGCGCUGCUGUAUCGUCCCUAGGAUCUCGCCUGUCCAAGAUUGGUAAGCGCGGAGGCAAUGCCGUCGCUGGCUCGAUGAGUCGGCUGUCUCGCGAGCUUUUGCGGCUUCGUGACACCAAUGAGUUUUCCCAUAUUGACGACCGUCCCGUCAUUCAUACUGUUUGGGCCAAUGGCAAGUAUGUCGAUCCCAAUGCGCCGCCCCCCUCUCCACCUCAAAACCAGAACAAGGCUCAGCCCGACCCAGAAGAGGAGGAGGAAGAGGAGCCUGUCACCAAAGUGAAGCCGCGUGGGCCGAAAAAGUUCCUGCCAAUGGGUCUAUAUGCCGGUCAAACGAGGCCCACGUUGUCCGAGUCGCAUCUGACGCCUGCUGAGCGCAAGAAGCUCGACAGUCUCACAGAACUCGACUUCAAGAAAAGUGUCAACGUUUUCAUGCCGGCGCCCAUGUACAUGGGUAUGCGUUUGCUUAUCCAAGGCCGCGACUUUAAGCUACCAUUCCACGUUUGCAAUCCGUUGCCUCCUGGCCAGCCCAAGCCCGACGAGUGGAAAAAGAUGACCAAGAAUCGUUUCAUUGGUAACUCCAAGGACUACUGGCGCAAAUCGCCGCACUACACAGAUUACUCUAAGUGCGUCUGCAAACCCGAAGACGGAUGCGGCGACAACUGCCAGAACCGAAUUAUGCUUUACGAAUGUAACGACAUCAACUGUAAUGCUGGGAAGGAAACAUGUACCAACAGAGCAUUUGCCACGCUUACCGCACGACGUGCCAAGGGAGGCAAGUACCGCGUCGGCGUUGAAGUCAUCAAGACGUCAGAUCGUGGCUACGGAGUGCGAAGUAACCGCUGCUUUCAACCUCACCAGAUCAUCAUGGAAUAUACUGGUGAGAUUAUCACGGAAGAAGAAUGUGAUCGUCGCAUGAAGAACGAGUACAAGAAUAACGAGUGCUACUAUUUGAUGAGCUUUGACCAAAACAUGAUUAUUGACGCCACCACGGGCAGCAUUGCCAGAUUCGUCAACCACAGUUGCAACCCGAACUGCCGCAUGAUCAAAUGGAUUGUCUCCGGGCAGCCGAGGAUGGCCCUGUUCGCGGGGGACAAGCCCAUCAUGACCGGAGACGAAUUGACAUACGACUACAACUUUGACCCGUUUUCCGCUAAGAACGUCCAAAAGUGUCUCUGCGGCUCCGAAAACUGCCGCGGUGUACUCGGCCCUCGCCCGCGCGAGCCGAAGGCCGUCAAAGCUGGACUGACAAAGGUCGUUAAGGGUACCAUCAAUGCGGGAAAGCGCAAGCUCAAGGAAAUGCUAGGAGAUGAGACGUCUGACAAGAACAAGUCGAAGAAGCGCAAACUUCAGCCGGCCAGCGGUAUCAAGGCCUCCCUGUCGAGUGCGAGCUUAAAGGCGGCCAAGGGAGCUGCGACUGCUGCGGCGAAGCCUGUUGUUUCCCUGAAGCGCAAAAUCACCGUGAAGCGCAUGUCUGGCCCGGCCCCGAGGAAGCAGCUAGAUGGGUCGAAAAAGCGCGCGACAAUCCUUUCCGGCCGAAUUCGCCCGGGCAGCCCGACCACGUUAGCCCUCCUCGCCGAGAACGCUGCCAAGAAGACGUCUCCUGGCCGGGCCUCAGCCAAGGGUACGCCUCGCGCGAAUCGUAAGAGUACACCAAAGGGCACGCCCAACGGUCGAAGAUCUAGUGUCAGCAACACUACGAAGGGCAAAACGACGCCAAAGGGGAAAGUGACGCCAAAGACGGCCAAUCGUCGGCUCAGUGGCAAGCCUAAGCAAGUUGCCAAGCCGACGAUAAAGCUUGUUGAGGAGUGA